AUGCCCGCUACUACGAGAAGCAAGAGUAACCUACAGCAGACGCACCUGGAAGAUUUCGAGGACAAACCUCAGAAAGAGAAAGCUAACACCUCCAAAUCCCGACGCCCGAACGCGUCGAAAACAAAGGACGCCACAACAGGGACAAGCUCAAAGCGCAAACAGCCGGAGGACGAGGAAAAGCCUCAGAAAGCUUCCCGACCGACAAAGAAGCAAAAGGAGACGCACAAGGAGGCUUCAGUCAAACCCGAAGAAGAUGACGAAGACAACAAGCCCGUCAUCAUAAAUCGCGCGCCAGUCUUACAGCUAUGGGCCGCUUGUGUUGCGCAGAAGCUAUACCCCAAACUGUCUUGGAACACGCAUCUGAGUAUCGGCUCCGCGGUAUCCGCGCUAUGUGCCAUUUCCAAGGGUCGUGCCAUCGGCACGAUUGACCAGCCGACUGAUGAUCCGGGAAAGAAAGCCGAGAAGGAAAAGAAGAAACAAUCCGCUGGGAAGGGCGCCGACGAUGAAGUGGAUGUCAUGUCCUUCAAGCUCUUGUUAAAAGACGGCAGUGCCAUCGUUUCUGGGAAGCCGCAGAAGGCCAACGAGGCAGCUUUGAUCAAGAAGUAUGGAGAAGCCGAAUACGAGAGGACGAAGAAAGCGAUGGAGGAAGCGAUUGAUGCUUUCGAAGCCAAGGCUAAGAAAGGGGAGUUGAACAGAACCGCGUUUCACAUGUAUGAGGAGUUUCGUCCGAGCGUGCAGCAUGGGCAGGGAGGAUGGGGUAAGAAGGGAGAGCUGAGGUUGGAGAAGAUCAUGGAGCUCGCAGAGAAGCGGUGA